CCACUGUGGAUGUUCCCUCAGUGUGGCUUGUGACGUGAGUGAGGAAAGGUGUGUUUUCCGCUGGCUGGGACACUCGUAUUCACAUAACAGCCAGGUUUCAUACUAAGAUGUUAUUGCAAUAAACCCUACUUCAAGGGACCCCCCCCUGCCCACGCCGACCCCAACCUAUCAAGAUGGCGGCAAGAAAGGCAACAUGGCUACUCAGUAUUUCAUUUUUAUGCUGGUGUAUUGCUGGGGUCUUAGGAAAGGAGGAUGUACUCUCAGAGGAAGAGCUGCAGUUGGUCUUCGGGAGGAGGGAAACAGUGCCAAAAUACAACCUAGUAGUGCCACGGGUGUCAGGAGGCGGAUGGCACCCAAAGAGGAGCGCCCGGUCAGCUCCGGAGGCUCCUACUCUCAAGUUCGAUGCUCUGGGACGCUCCUUCAACUUCAAACUACAGCGUAACACGGAACUGAUUUCGCCGGCGUUCGUGUUCAUGCAGCGUAAUGGGGACGAAGCAGACAUCAUGGAGUUGGACGAACGGAAUUACGAAAUGUACUACCAAGGCGUCGACGACACGGGCGACACAAACAUCGCGGUGGAACUAAGCAAUAAUAUUCGCGGCGUGAUCACCAGCGCCUCCGACCAGUACGUGAUCCAAGCCCUUCCGGAGGCUGUGACACGCAGGAGGCGCAGUAUUGAACCCGAGGGAGAGCGAGACGACGCCCUGCCGACACACAUCGUUUAUCGCAGAGAGAGUCACGAUGAAGAAUGUCCAUCGGAGAGCCACUCGCGACGUCGUAGAUCUUUCAUCUCAGACACGGAGGAGAUUUCACGGAUGGAGGCCCAACAGGAGGAGACGAGAUCAGCCCUGGGAGCACGCGAAGGCAGGAGAUCCUACUACGACAGCUUCGAACAUGUUGUAGAUGAACAAUUACGGUCGGAAUGGCAUCGCGACAACCGCUACGGACCAGAGGGACACGAGGACAACAGAGCCAGGGGUUUCCGUGGCGAAGACCUGUACAUCGAAACGGCCGUGUUUGUCGACAAGGACCUGUACAGGCACAUGCAGGAUAACUUCCCGAGGGACACGGAGGACCAGGUGCUCAAGGUGGUCCUCGCUAUGGUCAACGCUGUGCAACUCCUCUACAACGACGACACUUUAGGCCACAGGAUCAAGUUCGUCCUCAAGCGCCUCGAGAUCCUGUACAAAGAUCCGACGGACCUGCACCGCCCCUACGACAUCGACAACCUCCUGACGAACUUCUGCUCGUGGCAACGCAAGGAGAACCCGCCCAGGGACAGCGACCCCUUGCACUGGGACCACGCCCUCAUCCUCACCGGCCUCGACGUCUUCACCAUCAACUCCAAGGGCAGGGUCAACUCGCAGGUCGUUGGUCUGGCUCCGGUCGCAGGCAUGUGCACGCCAUCCAGCUCCUGCACCGCCAACGAAGGUCGCCAUUUUGAGUCUGUUUACGUUGUGGCGCACGAAAUCGGGCAUAACCUGGGGAUGCGCCACGACGGCCUCCAGGCAGGCAACAACUGCGACCCCGGAAGGUACAUCAUGUCGCCGACUCUGGGCUCCGGCAAGAUCACGUGGUCCUCCUGCUCGAGGCGGUACCUCGAUGAUUUUUUAAGGACGGCGCAAGCAGAGUGCCUGCGGGACUCGGCGCGGCCUCUGCGUGAGCCGCUCAACCACGAGCAGUAUUCCCCGCCGGGGCAGCGGUUCUCGGCCGACCAGCAGUGCAUGUUGAAGCACGGCGUCGGCAGCACUCACGCGGCCUCGCAGCCUCUGGCAGAUAUCUGCCAGGACCUGCACUGUCACCGAGAUCCCUACACCUGGACGUCACAUCCUGCUCUUGAAGGAACUACCUGCGGCCACAGAAAGUGGUGUCGCAGAGGGCGCUGUGUGGACGAUGCCCAAACGUCCUCCGCUUCUGCCCUGCUUCCUACGGGCGUGGGGGCCGGCAACACGGGCGUGAGGGGCGAGUGGGGGCCUUGGUCUGCUUGCAACUCCGAGUGCUUGUAUAGCGUCGACGGCGUCUUGUCCUCGGGAAGCACGGGUCUCUCCCUGUCGGAAAGGCGGUGCAGGACGUGCCACGGUGAGUACCGGUACCGCGUGUGCUCGGCGGUGCAGAAGUGCAGCGCAGGCCGCCGCAGGACCGUGCAGGACUUCGCCGACGACACCUGCCGUGACACCGCCAGGAACUCCGCCUUCCUCACGGGCCUGGCAGCGAGGGUGCCCGCGCGAGGCCCGUCCCAGUGCGAGGUCCAGUGCGAGACGCGCGGCCAAGGCGAACAGACGUCGGGCAAGUCCUUCCCCGAUGGAACCGUCUGUGCGUCGCCCUCUAGCCUUCCCUCCUACUGCGUCGCCGGCGUUUGCACGGAGUUCCGUUGCGAGGCCGACGCUCUGUACGGCGCCGAUCCGCUCACCUGCCGACCUGACAUGGGCGCCCCCGACCCCCACCGCCCCCUAGGGCCCUCCCCUCCAGCAGGGUACGGCGAGACGGGGGUGUGGGGACCGUGGAUUCCUGCGUCUACGUGUCGUGCCAGCUGUGUGUCUUCAGCUAAAGGAAUUCAGCUUGUGAGUCGCGACUGCAGAAGCCACAGGUGCACAGGUAUCAACAGGAACAUUCAGAUUUGCAACCCGUCUAAUGCGGGCUGCGAGAGAAUCCAGUCGACGUUCGAAUACGCGAGCGAGGUUUGUCGAAGAUACAUGUCAGAAGUAGAUCAGCUGUCUGGGAUUGGCAUGCAGCUUUCAAGUACUAAAGAUGAUCCGGACCGCGCCUGCACCGUGGCCUGCCAGGACGCGCGCCUCAACUACCGCUUCUACCGCGUCAACGGCGGCGACGGCUGGUUCCCCUUCGGCACCGACUGCGCCAGGGGGACCGCCGGCCGCUCCGCCUACUGCCUCAACGGGAAGUGUUUGGAUUUCUCGAACGAGGGAACACCUUUGCGCAACACGAUCUUCACGGAGUACGAGCGGCAGCGCUCCCUGGACAUGGAACCGAUCGAGCGCGCUUAUCCCCUGGAAGUCAACCCAUAUCACCAGGAUUUCCGGCAGCCCUUCUACCAGGAGUCGGCGCCCCAGCAGACCUACCAGUGGCAGGCGCAGCACGUGCAGGAGCCGCACCGCCCCCGCCAGAGCACGUGGUUCGGGAGGCGGAGGAAGCGGGAUGUGACGUCAUCGUCCCAUCCGAUCUCCAGCACCAUAAGCGAUCAGCUGUUGAUGUCGCUGGUGGACGAGCUCAAUUCGACGCUCAUGUCCAAAGAAACCUCGAGCAAAGUGACCCCGGACUCCAUAGACUUCCAGAACCCUCUCUUCGUCGGCGAGCAAGUCACGGAGAAUAAUACGUUCACGCUCAACCCUAAUUCGUUCGAGCUCAAGCCAUUCAACCCCAGCAACCUCACUUCUGAAGGCGGGGUCGACGAGGAGGGUCAGUUCGACGCCCCGCAGGAGUACCGCUGGAGGCUGCUCGUGUCGCCGUGCUCCGUCUCUUGCGGAAAGGGCGUGGAAGAGGUGCUCCUGUUGUGCGUUCAGCGAGACCGGGAUGACCUCCCCGUGGCAGACCGACGGUGCUCCCACUUGUCCCCUCCUGCAUCAGGCGGGUUCAGGCCCUGCUGGAGAGAGGAGCCCUGCCCUCGACGACCUCCUGACGGGGAUCUGUCUUCGUCGCCUAUAGGACGCUGGGUGCUGGGCCUUCUGGAGGGGAUUGUAGAUACACGUGGACUCUGAUCCGUGAUAGUUUAGAAAGAGUCUUUUUUUUGUAUGUAGUUUUAUUUUCUAUUUUUUUCCACGAUUGUUUUAUACGUAGGUGCAUUUUUUAUGGAUACGUUUUAGAUACUGUUUUGUAUUUUUUUGUGUGUAGAUAAUGUAGGAUAAGAUUGUUUCGUGUCUCUUUCAUACGUUUUUUUUCUCAUACCAGCAUCUC